GUUUUCGCGCGGAUAAACGGCGUGCUGCGUGUAUAUUUUAUUAUUUACCGCGCUUUAAUAGUAGAUAUAACUCUUUUAAUCGACCAUUGUCGGUUUUCACGUUGGUGCCGUUCGGUCAUCGUACAAGGCUCGUCUAGUUUUAGUAUUUUUAAUUUAAUUUUUUUGUUUAAGUUUUUUUCGUUUGUUUUCUUUUUAGUUUGUUUGUUUGUUUAAUAUUGUUUUGUAAACCAUGGAUAUAAGAUUAGUGCUUCUUGCCAGCAGCUUUUGCGCCGCCGCCGUUUUCGGUUUCCCGACCGAGCAAGCCGACGAAUCGGUGCUCGGUAAGGCUUACCGGGUGAUACAAGAAUGCGGAGAUAAAGAUUUAUCCAUAUGUUUGAAAAUGCGCGCUUUAACCUACGUCGAUAAAGUUUUACGUAAAUCCGAAGAUAUCAGCAUCAUCGACGGUAUCACCUUAGUCAAAAGUAACGCCAAUCCCGAAGCUUACCGAGGUCUGAAUGCCAGAGCUUUAUCGCAAGACGAACUCGACGCCAGCUUACCGAAAAACGCCGACGAAAAGAAUACCCAAGUUGAGAAUAUGUUAUUCGACAGAAUGGCCAGAUUCUUAGAAACACACACUUUACAACUCAAAGUUCCUGAAUCGUCCAUCAGCGAAAUGAAACGCAGCAUUGACGAAGCUCGUGACAAAAAGAAGAAAGCCGCCAAAAAAAUCUUGCCAGCUUUAGCCAUGAUGCUCAUCUUCAAAGUGAUCGCCUCCAUUCCAUUCAUCUUGGGAACGCUCGCUUUACUUGCCUUCAAAGCCCUGCUCAUCGGUAAAAUCGCCCUCGUCUUAUCCGCCAUCAUCGGGCUUAAAAAGCUCUUGGACAGCAAACACCACCAAACCUAUGAAGUCGUCUCUCACCCCCACCACGCCGAAGAACACGGUCAUUUCGCCGCCAGGUCGUACAAAGACCCGCAAGAAUUGGCCUACAAUGCUUACGUGCCAAACAAAGUUGACUAAUUUAAUACUACGUUUGUAAUUUUAAAACUAGUAAUUUAUAAUUUUUAUAUAAACAAAUUCAACGCAUGUCGUUUCUUCUUAUUUUCCUCUUCUUCUUCUUCUUCUUCUUGUUCUUCUUCUCUUUCUUUUUCUUCUCGUAAAAAAAAACAGUAUACUUUCUAUAUAGAUAACUUUCACGAGGUACUUGGCUACCUAUUUUACCUACCUAGUGCUAUAAAUAAUUCUGAUUUCGAUUCGUAAUAAUUUAUUAUUUUUUAUUAAUAUAUUAUUUCGAUUCCUCGUCCUCAAUCCGCAUACACCCAUCGGGCAAACUUACAGAAUACCUCGAAAUACAGCGUAUUUUUUACUCCUUUAAAAUAAAAUACGCCUGAAUAAUUAUUUCGAGUUUGUAUUCUUUCGUGUAAAAUCUAUAAUAUUUUGUCGAAUCUAUAUAAGUCUCAUUCUAAUGUCUAAGGCUACAGCCAAAUUUUACUUGAUAAGUUUUUUUUCUUUCGUCUCAUGCGUACGACGAAAUGCAAAAGCACGUAAAUUUGCUCAAUGAAUUAUAAGAUUUUUUUUAAAAAAAAGAAAUUUGUUAUUUAGUAGAAAAUUAUGAAUAUUUAUUCGAAAUAUUUUUCGUUGUUGUGAUGAUUACAUUAUUUAUUAUCUUAUAAUUAACCUUUGAAACAAACAUCAAUGCGUAAUACUCCUAUUUAUUACAAAACUUUCAUUAUGAUUAAGUUCUUUUCUUUUUUUUUCCUUUUGUUUGCGUAAUCUAAUUUAUAUAGAUAAAAAAAGAAACUAUGUAACUUUCCUAGAUAUAGUAAUGCAACGAGAAAAUACGAAUGAAAAAAACGACAACUUUCCUGUGUUCUUUUGAGAAGAAUACCUUUUACGCUUUAUUUAUUUAAAAUGCCAAACUUUUGUGUAUGUAUAUAAUUUUGUAUAUAAAAAAACAAAAAUCAAAUAAAAACAUCGAGUCAGUUUUUCUUCAA